CGCGUGACACCUCGGCGGUACUGAUCUUAGGAGCGGUGCUGCGCGUGCUGUCUGUCUCUGAAGGUUACGUGGAAAGUUCACCUGAGCGUUGCUGAUGGAAACCAGACAACAAGAGUUGUACUCUAGUGUUCUGAGUGACGCAGUGGUGGACUGGGCCAGCAUGGGCCCUGGAGAGGAAUGGGUUAACUCAGCCACACAUGAAGGAGAGCAGGGUUUGGAUAAGUUUCACCACCCUGGUGGUGAGGAAUACAGUCGUAGGACCUCAUAUGGGGAGGACUUGGCCCCGUUGGUCCAAAAUGGGGAAAACCUGACACAUUGGUGUCACACCUCAUCCCAAUUGGAGGAUCAGUGGUCUCGCACAUCAGGGUGUCAGUCUGACAGCUGGGCCAUGUCCACCACCUGGGACAUGCAGCUAGACAGCACAGAGAGAGGACUCCUCACUGCAGGUUUUCUAGACUCUCAGCCUCUGAGUGAGGCUGAUGAGGAUUUGGUGUCAGAAGUCAGCCUGAAUAACUCCAACAUGACCGAGGAGGAGAGAGAAGAGAUUCUGCAGGAGCUGACUAAACUGGAAGAAGAGAUCAGCACACUGAAGCAGGUUUUGUUGUCCAAAGAGAAGCAGCAUGCAGAGCUCAAACAGAAGCUGGGCAUCAGUCCUCUCAAUGAGCUCAGGAACAACUUCAGCAGAGGCUGGCACGACAUGCAGACCUCAACGGCAUACAAGAAGACUUCGGAGACGCUGUCCACUGCUGGACAGAAAACCUCAACUGCCUUCAAUAACUUCGGGAGCGCCAUCACCAGGAAGUUUGGAGACAUGAGGUCCAACUCAAUAGGAUACUCUGUCAGGCACUCAAUGAGCAUGCCUACCAUGAGAAACUCCCCCAGCUUCAGAUCCUUUGAAGAGAAAGUUGAAAACACAGUUUCCACCAUCAAGACAAAAGUUGGAGGCACCGGGACCGGCGGCAACUUCGAGGAAGUCCUCUCGUCUGCAGCCAAUGCCAGCUCUCAGGAAACGCCCACCAACAACCUGACGGACACCUCGGAGAGACCAUGUUAGGAUUCCAAAGCGGGGUCUUUCUGCUCUGUCUUGCUGUGUCACAGCACAUUGUUGUGUAUCUACUAGAAUUUCUGACCAAAGUUGAAGUCAAUGUUUUCAUUUGCAGACAAAUCUUGUAUAAAUCCUGUGACUCUGAUGAAAUUGCUGGCAAUGCUUGGCUAAAAUACCUUCGCGUCUGCUUUUAUUUUGGAAUCUCAAUUUGGCUGAAUUGAAAAGCAUGUGGGAUCUCAUAAGACAAAGAAUACAUUUUUCACAUUCAUUGUUUUGAGACUUAAGACACAUUUAUAAUCGAGAUUCUCCAAAACAAGAUCAUAGUUCAUAUUUCUGCCGUCUAUCUAACCUCAGUGAAAAUUACAUUUAGUUGUCAUUUAUCACAGGAUCAACCUGACAUUAAAACUGCUCCAUCUUCCGUCUCUUUUCUUCGUUUUAGUUGGAUGCAGUUUUAUCUAUGAAAAAUGGGUGAAACUUUCUGUCACAAUGUUACACAACCACACUUACAGAAGGGCUUUUGAUAACAAAAUGUCGAGCAUACUACAGUUCAUGUCCCAUUCACUUUAUUACACAUUAACAUAUAAACACUGAUAAAACAUGUGUGUCGUGUGCACAACAACGUAUGGCUAUUAUUUCUAGAAAACCAGCAUGGAUUAACCAAACAAUAACUAUGUUAAUUUUUUUUUUUCUUUGACCGUGUAGACCAGGGGUUUCCAAAGUGGCGUCAGGACCCCCCACGGGGUCGCGAGAGGCUUUUCAGAAUCAUUGUGAUGUGACCCCUGAGGUGUAUGGAGGGCUAGAAGGGAUGAAAUUAAAUGAAUAUAUAAUGAAAUAAAUGAAUGUACCAUUAAAUGUCCUAUUAAAUCAUUUAAUUGUACCAUUUAUUUAUUUAAUACAUUAUUAAAUAAUUAAAUAUACCAUUAAAUUAUGGAACUUUUUAUUUAAUAUAUAUAGAGCGAAAUGAUUACAUGUAUUUUUAGGGGCUCGCUUGGGAUCCCCUGGUGGUAGACUUUAUAACUUUGCCAUGAAAAUAACUUUCUCAGUAACUUCAUUUAUUUUUAACUGUUUAAACGUUUUCAUGUGAUGAUUCCUUUCCUAUGUCUUCAGAAGAAACCAGUUACACUUUUUUUUUUUUUUAUGAAAUUCACAUCGGCAUUCAAGUACUGAAUGACCCAUUUGUCAAGUAUGGGGUAAUAAAUGUUUUGGUAAUGGAAAAUACAAAGCAUAUGAUUCUUAUUUAUGUAACAAAUACAACUGUUUAAUAUUCCAUAUUCAUGUGUCUACUUUAAAGGAGUUGUGAAUAAUAAUAAUAAUUAAACCCAAAGCAAAUGGAAUAAGCACAAUGUCUGCUUCAUCUCGGCAAAUAAGACAGUUAUGCAAACUUUAAUGCAACACCAUGAAUCAUGUAACAAAACCUCGUUUUGUUUGAGUUUCUGUUCCUCCCAGGCAUAUUCUGCAGACUACAUGGAAAAAAAAAAUCAUAUUAUGGAAGAAACUGUAUGAGACAAUCACAUUUACUGCUUUUUUGAUAUAAAACUUCUGUGAUGUUGGGUUUAUCCGAUAUGUACAAUGUUACAGUAUUUAAAACUUACCAAUAAAGCCGGUUGAUGUAGGAAA